CGAGCUCAGUCUCAGCCAAGAAGCUGAGAAGCGUGGGAGUCCAGAAACCCGACACACUACCUCGAGUUGGAAGGCAGACGGCACGCACUGACCCUACCCUUGGCUCUAGGAACCUUUCUGAUGGCGAGGCUGGACUGUGGGAUGAUAACCUCCAAGUCAGUACUUCUGCUGCUCAGUCUAAUCUUUUUGACUGCAGGAGUGGCCCUUGGAUGUGUCGGAGGGAGCUUCAUCACAGCCUAUGAGGACUACGAUGCCUUCUUCAAGGAUGAGCACAUCUUGCUGCCCGCUAUCAUCAUCAUAAUAGUUGCUAUCGUGAUGGUUUUGGUUGGGAUUAUUGGCUGUUUUGUCACAAUCAGAGAGUCCCCUGUUGGACUCCGGCUUUUCCUGGUCAUUCUCUUGCUGAUGUUUAUUACAGAAGUAAUGGCUUUCAUCUUGGGAUUUGUGUACAGGCAGAAGGUGGUGACAGAGGUACAAAGCACCAUGCUUACAAUCUUCCAGACAUAUGGUGGAAAGAAUCCGGAGACAGAGAUGGUGGAUUUCUGGCAGAAUCAGUUUCAGUGUUGCGGUGUAAAUAAUUAUACUGACUGGACUGUUACUCAGUGGUUCAAUAGCACUGGAAGCAACAGUGUCCCUCAGAGUUGUUGCAAACCGGAAUUUAAGAACUGCACAGGACUUCUCAGUGAACCUCAAGAACUCAAUACAAUGGGCUGUGCAGGAAUAAUGGAAUCUCAUAUAAAGGAUCUCAUCAACUACACUAUGAUUGUCAUCUUAGGAUUUGCUAUUGUGAAGUUUUUUGGAAUGCUGAGUAUCUUGGUAAUCGCGUGUAAGAAGAUCGACAAUGGAUAUCAGCCCCUGUACUCAGGAGUGUUUGCUUGAACAGACAAGAUGAGAGGAUGAUUCUUCACUGGAUCCUUGGGCAAAUAAGGCUUUUAGAGAUUAUUCCCAAAUAGGUUGUGCUGAUUGCUGUUAUUAAAUAUUUUAUUAACACUUGAACAAAGAUACUUAUUGCUUUGGAAGUUUUUUUUCGGGGGGUGGGGGGGGGGGCUACAUAGUGAGAAAUGGAAUAUGACUUGCAGUUGAAAACAUUUCAGAUACUGCUCCUCAGAUUUCUUACUCUUAAAAUCUUUGAACCCAAGUAUGUAAUUUCAGAUUAUUCUAAAACUGAGGUAAAGACUUUCCAGUCUACCACUCAUUCAGGGUAUAAACUGGUUCUCUUGCAAUUUUUAAAAUUCUUUUGGUAUCUCCUCUAUAAUUAACACUCAUUUUGAAGAGUUUCGUUUUCUAUAAAAUAAUAAAAUUAUUAUAGUCAUUAAAUUUGCUUGAAAACACUGUGAUUGACAUAGAGGGGACCUUCCAGAUAAAUUUCUAUGACUUGUCUCUUUUCCAUGAAAAUGUGAAUUUAAAAUGCAGUAUUCAGGAUUUUCUAGCAUUGAUUUUUAAGUCAUUUAGUGGUUUAUUAGACUAAUUUUAGCUUUGAACCUGAAUAAUACCCACUUUUUGUUAAAAAAAACUGCCCUGUAAACAUUUUCUACUUCAUAACUUUUGGUUCAGCAUUGUUCUUGCCUUUUUAAAUUUUAAAGUCUUAAACCUGGAAAUAUGUCUGCCACAGAUUGAGAUAAACUACUACAUGUUGACAGCACAUCUCACUAAAGACUGUAUUUAAUUAUUCUUUGCAACAAAUGAACUCCCAUAUACAUUUUUAUGAAAAUAACACCAUGUCCUAACUUCCCCCUUUUUAGUAACUUCUUCCCCUCCAAGUUCUGAGUAUCCUUUGGAAUAAGAACAAUUUCAAGACAUCUUUGUGAUUUUUAAAGGUCAAGCUUUGAAAUCAUUCAACAGAGCUUUUAAAGCAUUAGAGGACUGGAAGAAUUAUUAUGUACCAAAUUGAGAAUUUAAGGAAACAGAAAAAAAAUGAGCCCAAUAAAAGAGACAACUAUCUUAAAAGAAAGUAUGUACACUAUUUUCAAGAAGUGAAGUAUUGAAAGAAUUAUUUAGUUAAUGUUGCUUACAUCCUACAUUGGUUUUUCAUGACUAGCUAUGGAAGGUAAUGAUAAAUUAAAUGCACUUAUUUUCAUUCUAAUAUUGCACUGUCUAAAUGUAUUUUCAUGAUAACUUUCACAUCCUGAGGGUAAUGUCACCUAUUUAUCAUCACUUGUCUGUCUAUUGUCAGCUAUUAGUGCUCAGGAAGCCCUUUUUUAUUCAUUUUAGCAAAAUAAUAAAAUACAACUGAUUACUUAAA